UUUCCAACCUUCUAAGUUCUAAAUACAAGGUCAUAACCAAAAUAUUACAAAAUUCCUAAAGCAAAUCAAAAGUUUUAUUGAGAAGCAAGACCUAUAACUUAUAGGAAGAGAUGACGACGUGGCCGGCUAGAUCAUCUCUGCCACAGACGGUAAGGCCGGUCUAUUUUGUGCAGAGCCCACCGAACACAGACGUAGACAAGAGAUCUACCGGGUCAGGUCUUAGCCCGUUUGGAUCACCCGUUAACCGACAGGGCCAGGUCAGUCACUAUAACCAUGAGUCAGUGGCCGAGUCACCUUCGACUUUACGAUCAUCAGGGCCAUUGAGAAACGGAUACAGUAGUCUCCAAGUGCAUGAUCAUGACCAUCCACUCGACGAGGAUGAUGAUGAGUACGAUGAAAUAGACGGUGGGGAUGAGAAAAGAGGAAGGAAAACGAGGUUUUAUUCUUGCUUGUUGUUUACGUUUGUGCUGGCCUUCACUAUCUUCUGUCUCAUUUUGUGGGGAGUUUCCAAAUCCUUCUCACCUAUUGUCACUCUGAAGGGAAUGGUAAUUGAGAGCUUGAACGUGCAAUCAGGGAACGACGCAUCGGGAGUGCUCACAGAUAUGCUCACACUAAAUUCAACGGUCACGAUGUUAUACAAUAACCCUGCAACUCUUUUCACCGUCCACGUCACUUUCUCUCCCCUCCAGCUCAGCUAUUCCCAGCUCAUUCUCGCCUCUGGUCAGAUGGAGAAGUUCUCUCAACGAAGGAACACUGAGAGAAUCAUUGAGACCAAAGUAGUAGGCAUUCAAAUUCCUUUGUACGGAGGCGUACCGGCUCUAUACGCGCAACGAGCUAAACCGGACCAAGUUGUUUUGCCUUUGAAUUUAACCUUUACGUUACGAUCUCGGGCCUAUGUGCUCGGCCGAUUAGUCAAGACUAAGUUCAACACGAGCAUCAGAUGCAGCAUCACCUUCCAUGGCGAUAAACUUGGCAAGAAAAUUGCUUUCUUGAAGUCUUGCUCGGGUCAUUGAUAGAAAAUCAGCAGAGAAAUCUGGUCUUUAUUUUUAUUAGGGAUGAAUAAUUUUUUUUUGUUUGUCGAAUAUAAAGGUCUGGACCAAUAUACGUAGGGUUGUCAUUAAUUUCGUUAUAUACUGCAAGAUAUUUGAUCGAUAA